AUGACAACGCAGGAUUCAUAUCUUUCUCAUGGAAUAGGAUCUAUAAGGCGGACUGCCAAGCGAGACAAGCUAUACAGAGAAGUAAAUGCAAUGUCUUAUGGAACGAUCGAAUUUCCAGAUAACCGCUCGAAAAAAGCAGAGUUUAUUCGUGUUUCUCCAGAUGCUUCGAUUAAUCAUGUCAAAGAGUUAUUAUUUAAUGGCUGGAGUGAUUCACGCCCCAGCCUCGUUAUUUCUAUUUCGGGUGGAGCUAAAGAAUAUAUAAUGCAGCCAAAACUAGCUAAAGCAUUUAGACAAGGCUUAUUGAAGGUAGCUAGUUCAACAGGCGCAUGGAUUGUAACUGGCGGCUCAAACACAGGCAUCAUGAAAGUAAUUGGUGAGAUAGUGCAGUUGAAACCAGUGAGUCAACUGAGAUCAAAACCAAUCAAAUUAAUUGGAAUUGCAACAUGGGGAUGUGUUACAGGCGUCGAUCGUUUAGAUGUACAUGGUGAGACUGUUCGAUAUCCGAAGUAUCGUGGGCAAAAAAAAGGAGAAGCUCCGUUAGAACCGAAUCACACAAAUUUCAUAUUUGUUGACGAUGGGGGGACUAAGGGUUUUGGUGGUGAAAUAGAAUUUCGUUCAAAAUUAGAACAAUCGAUCAGCGGCAUGGGUGUUAAAUCAUCAAGAGAAGUUCAACAACUACCAUCAUAUGAAAUGAGAUCCAACAGCCAGACACAAGAUGCGUCAAUUCCAGUGCCCGUUGUCUUACUCGUUAUUGAAGGAGGUCCACACACAAUCAAGACAAUUUAUGAAGCCGUUGUUCAGAAUAAUAUACCGGCCAUCCUCUUCGAAGGUACCGGACGUUGUUGUGAUUGUUUUGCGAAAGUCUAUCACAAAUAUUUGAUUUAUAAAGACCAAUUGACACCACCUAAAGACGCGAAACCAAAAGAGAAUAGUACACCGAUAUCCGAAGAAGAAGUAAAAGAAAUUCUUCGUGCGGAAGUCGCGGAUUUCUUAAUAAAAUUUAAAGGACACAAUACAGAUUCAACAGAUUACUUUCAAAUGAUUUACGAGUGUGUUCAUAAAAAAUUUAAGUUUUUAACAAUAAUUGGAUUGAAUGUUAACUACGAUAGCGAACCCGAUAUCGAUCUGGUUAUACUUAAUGCAUUAUUAACAGCGUCGGACUAUUUUGAAUCAGACGAGGAUAAAACAUACAACUAUAGCCAGCAUAAACUCGAACAGUUGCAAUUAGCGCUUGAUUGGGAUCGAGUGGAUAUCGCCAAAAGUUAUAUCAUGACCAAUGAACAAGAUUGGGCGAAACUUCAUUUAAACAAUUUAUUUUUAACGUCGUUAGACCGAAAUCAAAUUAAAUUUACAGAAUUAUUUCUUGAGCAUGAUUUUUCACUAACAAAUUUAUUUCAAAAUUGUGAUACUUUAGUAUCACUCUAUAGCGCAUUGGAUACAUUGCCACACAGUGCUAGGUAUUAUCGUUUAUUGGAUGUGAGUUUAGAUGACGACGAUGACGAUGGAGAUAUUGGACCCAAUGAUAAAUUACAUUACAUCUAUAAACGAUAUGUAAAACCGUUGAUCGGCGACUUUUUUGAAAUUGAUGCUGUAUUAGGAGUAGAAAUAAUGAAUGAUGAGAGUAAUUGUUGUACCGGGUGCAUUGCGAAAAUAAAAGAAAAAAGAAAAAAACGACAUCAUGGAGCUAAUUCACUCUAUCAAUAG